AUGGAUCCCGAUUCAUGGAGCACGUGUCCCUUUUGUGAUUCACCAGUUCCUUCAUCUCAACUUCAAUGGCACGCCAAUGCUCAUUUUCAUGAUCCCGAGCUUCCCCAACAGCCCCUCCAAUCUCUUCCGAGUCAACAUUGUAACUAUUCUGGCGGUGAGACUAGUAGAGAUAAAGAGGAAUGUUCAAUGGAUGAAAAAAUCUCUUGCUUGAUUGGUUUACAGACAAGGAGCGAGUUUUACAAAGUUGAAUCAGGUUUAAUGACCUUGUUGAGAAAUUGUUUGGAGUCUGAAACUGAGAAUUCGAAAACUGUUUUGUCCGGUUAUGUUGAUCAUUUCCAGAGCCUUGAUUCUGAGGAUGCUGGAUGGGGUUGUGGAUGGCGUAACAUUCAAAUGCUUAGUUCUCAUUUGUUAGCGCAGAGGCCGGAAGCAAGAGAGUUUUUGUUCGGUGGUUCGGGGUUUGUUCCUGAUAUCCCGUCGUUGCAGAGAUGGCUUGAGGUUGCUUGGGAAAAGGGUUUUGAUGCACCAGGAGCUGCUCAACUUGAUCAUGUUGUUUAUGGUUCAAAAAAAUGGAUAGGGACUACUGAAUGCGCUGCUCUAUUGCGUUCUUUUGGUCUUCGUGCAAGAGUAGUGGAUUUCGGUCCUAUGGAAUCUCAAUCUGUCGUAGGAACAAAUGUUGAUAACACGGACGAUAAAGCAAGUAGUGAGGCUUAUCAAGUUCUCAUGGAUUUUGUGUGGAAUUACUUUUCUGAUGAAAACACAGUCCAAUUCGGUCUGCAGCAUGUUGUGAUCAGCGAGAAAACGCCCUUGUACUUUCAACAUGAUGGUCAUUCAAGAACAAUCGUUGGCGUUCAAGCUAAAUAUCAACAGGAUGGAGUUCUAACGUAUAAUCUCCUAGUUUUGGAUCCUGCUCAUAGUACGAUUGCUCUUGAAAGAUCAUUAAAGAAGAAAAUUGGAUGGAAGAAACUUAUAAGAAAGGGGAGGAAUACACUGAAGAAGCCACAAUACCAGUUGUGUUAUGUUGAUCCCGGAAUCGCUUGUGAGGAGGAGAUGGAAAAGCUCAUGACAAUUGAUAGUGUCUUCUUUGAAUUAUAG